AUGGACGUCGACACAUUGAAGGGAGACCAAACAGCCCACCUGGAGGUUUCUCCUAAAGUUACACAAGAUGAAGUCACAUUUGAGGGUUUAACUGCAGAUGAGACGAUCAAGCUUGAAAAAGGGCUUGUCAGAAAAAUUGACUUGCACCUAAUUUCAUCGUUAUGUCUUCUCUUCAUAUUCAAUAUUCUAGAUCGCUCCAAUAUUUCAAACGCCAGAUUAGGAGGUAUGCAAAGUGACCUGGGUCUUAGUGACACCCAGUAUCAAACUGCAGUUGCGAUUAUGUUCGCUGGUUAUUUGCUAGGACAAGUUCCCAGCAAUAUUAUUUUGACACGCGUCAAACCCUCCCAAUAUAUCCCCAUUGCAAUUUUUAUUUGGGGUGGAAUCUCGAUGUGUGCAGCAGCCACUCAUAAUUUUGCUGGAAUUAUGGUCGUGCGGGUUCUGCUUGGGUUCGCAGAGUCUCCAUUUUUCCCCGGUGCUCUUCUCUUGGUUAGUUCCUGGUAUAAGCCACAGGAGAUUGCCCCGCGUGUUGCAGUUUUGUAUUGUGGAAAUACCAUUGCGAAUGGAUUUGGUGGUCUCCUUGCUGCUGGUAUUCUUGAUGGGCUUGACGGGGCGUCUGGCUUGGCAGGUUGGAGAUGGCUUUUCAUAAUUGAAGGUGCAGGUACAAUGGUAGCAGGAAUUCUUGCGGUCUUACUUCUACCUGAUUUUCCUAAUUCGGGGAAACGUCGUUGGCUUUCCGAUCAAGAGCAACGCUUUGCUGAAUGGCGCUUGGCUCAGGCAGCAAAUUUUGAGGUGGAUGAGAACGGCGACGUCAAAGAAGCGCUUAUUGAUGCUCUGACGGAUCCCAAGGCAUGGAUGCUUAUCCUGAUUCAAAUAUGUCAGCUGACUUCGCAAACAUGGACCUACUUCUUUCCUUCAAUUGUGAAAACCCUGGGGUUCGACAAUACUGUGACAUUGCUUAUUACCGCCCCUGUAUACGUUUUUGGAUUUAUCACGUCUCUAGGCAACUCAUUCAUUGCAACAUACACCAACCAACGGGCCAGCUUGAUUGUUUGGCCCCUAUUGGUAGAUAUCAUCGGAAACGUGAUGGUUAUCACUACACGUUCCACCGCCCCAAGAUAUGUCGGGAUGUUUUUAAUGUGUGCGGGUUCAUACUCUGCAUUCAACGUGGUACAAGCUUGGAUCGCUAGUACAGUUCCAAGAACUCGCACUAAGCGAGCCAUUGUAUACGCUUUGGUCAAUUUGUUUGGCAACUCGUCCAACAUCUAUGGUUCUUAUUUCUUUCCUAGCUCUGAUGCUCCUCAGUAUCGAAUGGGCGGAAUAAUUUUAUCUUCUUUCGCGGCUGCGGGAAUGGUUCUAGCAACUGUGUUAGGGCUUUGGUUACGCCAGUUAAACAAACAGGCGAUCAAGCAAGAGGGCAGAGAUGGCCAGCGUCGGUACAAAUACCUGUGGUAA